AUGAUGCAGUCGUUCGUUUCGGUACUUUGUUUCUUUGCCCUGCUUACGCAGGUCUCUGCUUGGGGCCCGCGCAAGUCGGAUCACGGGCCCCCAGGUCACUAUGGAGGUCGACAGAAGCAUGGUGCCAGCUUUACGCCGGACUUUGUGUUGAAAAUGACCUACGAAAACGUCUCAAUUGGUUGCCAGACAAGAAUGUCGGCCCUGAUCAAUGGCACAUUGUUCGGGCCGACGCUCAGACUCAAGCCUGGGCGAAGAAGUUGGAUCAGAGUCUACAAUGAUAUGCCAGACCACAAUGCAACCAUCCACUGGCAUGGUUUGAGCAUGCGCAUGGCACCUUUCUCUGAUGGUAGCCCAUCCGCCACCCAGUGGCCUAUUCCACCUGAUCAUUUCUUCGACUACGAGGUCUACCCCCUACGAUCCGAAUCCGGUACCUACUUCUACCAUUCUCAUGUCGGCUUCCAGGCUAUGACAGCUUCUGGCCCACUGAUCAUUGAGGACAAGGCCGAGCCCCCCUAUGCAUAUGAUGAGGAGAGGAUUGUCUUCCUCACCGACUACUUCAACAAAACGGACACCGUUAUCGAGAAGGGCCUCGUGGCAACGCCUUUCACCUGGUCUGGCGAAACGAAUGCGGUCCUCAUCAACGGCGUCGGAGUCUCUGUUGGGGAGACUGCCGGAAAUGGAAACUGCAAGCUACCAGUCAUCGACGUGGAGCCUGGAAAAACUUAUCGCAUGCGCUUCAUUGGUGCUACGGCAUUGUCCAUGGUGCAAGUAGGCAUCGUGGAUCAUGACAACUUUACCAUCAUCGAAGCUGAUGGUCACUAUACCAAACCUCACACUGAGAAGUUCAUGCAAUUGACUUCGGGUCAGCGUUUUGAUGUCAUCUUCAAGACUAAGACCGAGGCAGAGUUAAACGGGAAAACCGACUACCUUAUUCAGUUGGAGACCAAAGACCGUCCGAAGGUGUACCAGGGCUAUGGCGUACUACGAUACUCCAAGGCACAACCGCAGAUUACAACAGCUCCAGUCACUCCUCCUCUGACACUUUCCAACAAGACGUAUGAAUGGGCAGAGUAUGCCUUGGAACCGUUGGUACCAAACAAUUUCCCCCAGGCUAGCGAAGUAACUCGGCAAAUUCACAUCGAUAAUCGUCAACUCGCGACCCAGACUACCCUUUGGCAGCUCAACGGACUGCAAUGGAACGAGACUUCGACGCCUUAUGCGGGAGAUCAGCCCUACCUGAUCAACAUCUACGAGAACGGGCCGUCUGCCAUUCCGAACUACACUGCCGCCAUGAACAACAACGGCUGGGAUCCGACUACGUUGACAUGGCCGGCAAAGAUGGGCGAGGUUCUCGAGAUUAUUUGGCACAACACUGGAUCACUGGUUAAUGGCAAUGGUGGCCUCGACUUCCAUCCCUUUCAUGCUCAUGGCGGACAUUACUGGGACAUUGGCAGUGGCAAUGGAACUUACAAUAGCACCGAGAACGAGGAGCGGCUGAAGAACUACAAUCCAGUCAAGCGAGACACAACAAACCUUUAUCGAUAUGGCGAGAAGACAAAGUCUGGCGAUGUUUCCGGGUGGAGAGGCUGGCGUCUGCGUGUGGAGGACGCCGGUGUAUGGAUGAUUCACUGUCAUAUUUUGCAACACAUGGUUAUGGGCAUGCAGAGUGUUUGGGUCAUGGGAGAUUACCAAGACAUUACCGGCAUUCCCGCUGUUGAUGCGGCUGGAUAUUUGCACCGCUACCCUGGGCCUCGACUUUGGGCCGCUUCUCGACUACCGUGGAACAUUGUCAGCCUUCAAGGCAACCUCGCUUGGAAAAUCCGCGAGCUCCACGAAAAGUAUGGCUCAGUUGUCAGAAUUGCACCUGAUGAGCUGUCUUACACGAGUUCUACGGCCUGGAAAAAGAUAUAUGGUCAGAGGUCACCAGAGUUUGCGAAAUGUUUUGACGGAAGGGGGAUCGCUGGGCCUAGUGUGACUAACCCAGCGAUUCGCAAUGGCGGCAUCGUGACGGCCGAGCAGGAGCCUCACUCUCGACUUCGUAAGGCAGUUUUGCCAGCCUUCAGCGACCGUGCACUAAGAGAGCAGGAGGAUAUCCUCCAGCUUUACGCAGGGAAAUUGAUGAAACAACUACGAUUCUCUAGCGAGAACGGAGCUCCUCAGGACAUGGUCAAAUGGUUUAGCCUUGCUGCCUUUGACAUCAUUAGCGACCUGGCAUUUGGACAGGCGGCUGGGUGUCUAGACGAUGCAUUCCAACCAUGGUUGCAAGUCAUUGGUGCUCGAGCGCAGGGAAUUGUCCGAUACCAGUUCGCUAUCUACUAUGGACUUGAAGCCUGGCUAGAAUGGCUCGCCCCAAAGGCCCAAAAGCUGGCUCUGAAGAGACAUGGCGAGUUGACUGCCGGCAAAGUCAAACGCCGACUUCAACAAUCCGAGAAUAAAAGAGAUUUUAUGAGUUACAUCUUAGAAAACCCACAAGCUGACCUCAGCAAUGCCGAUUUGGUCAGGAUGGCGUCAGCUUUCAUUGUCGCCGGCAGUGGCACGACAGCCACUGCACUUUCUGGCAUCACCUUCUACUUGUGUAGCAGUCCAAAGACGUACACGGCACUAUCGGAAGAGAUCAGAACCGCAUUUCAGACCGAAGAUGAGAUCUCAAUGGCAUCGACAGGGGAGUUGAAGUAUCUUAAGGCAGUCAUCGAAGAAGGGCUGAGGAUAUAUCCCCCCAGCCCAAGCGCUCUGCCGAGAUUUGUGCCUGGAAGCGGUGAGGAGAUUGAUGGGAAAUGGGUUCCUGGGGGCACGGCAGUUGGCGUUCAUCAGCUUUCCGCUGGUCACUCGGAACAGAAUUGGACUAAUUCAAGGGAGUUCAUUCCAGAGCGAUGGCUAGAAAAGAGCGACAUAUCAUGGCCUAUGCAGAGCUGCGCAUAA